UGUAAGUGAAAGUAAAAUACAAAAGCAGCGUUCAUUAGGGUUACUUAAUGAUUGGACCACAGAUAUUUUUGUCAUUGCUUUGUGCUCAAUAUUAACUAACUCUUUUCCUGUUUGCUGCACAAAAAUUAGAAUAUCUAGUCUUUAUAAUCACCCUGACCACAGAGAGCGACACAAACACAGCAUGUAUUGAGUUAAAAUUUGUUUUCCUUUUCUUUCUCAGCAGUACACUGGCAGCUUAAUGAAAAAGCUGGACGGAAAAUUUUCCUGCUCACAUGUACCUCAGAUCCCAGUCUAGCAGACAGACACUCUCUUCUCUCACCAGCAACUCGGACACAAUGAUGCAAUUAAGGACUUUAAUUUUUACAUCCGUAAUACUCCCAUGGAUGCUGUCUUCUGCAGCAAGGGAUGGAUACAUGGAAGUCAGAAAACCUAAGAAAGACGUUGUAGCCUUUCCAGACUAUGCCCUUCAAGAGGCGGACGCUGACCCACCAGCUCCAAGAGCUGAUGAGAUGCCAACAUGUCUGCUGUGUGUUUGCCUGAGUGGAUCUGUUUACUGUGAGGAGGUGUCCCCUGAAUUGUCAACCGUCCCAUCACUGCCAAAGGAAACAGCAUAUCUCUAUGCACGUUUCAACAAAAUCACAAAAAUAAAAAACAAAGAUUUUGCAGACAUGGCCACGUUAAAAAGAAUUGACCUCAGUGGGAAUCUCAUCGCUGAGAUAGAAGACGGAGCGUUUUCAAAACUUCUCAAUCUUGAGGAGCUCAAUCUUGCAGAAAACAGACUAACUAAACUUCCCAUGCUGCCCACCAAGCUGGUAUCAUUCAACGCCAAUUUCAACCAGCUGAAAACCCAGGGUGUGAAGGCAACUGCCUUUAAAAAACUCACGAAACUGGCAUAUCUUUACCUUGGAAACAACGAACUGACAGCGGUGCCCCAACUUCCUGAGUCUCUUCACGUUGUGCACCUCCAUAACAACAAGAUCUCAACGAUAACGGACGAGACGUUCUGCAAAGGUAACACCAGUUACUACAUCCGUACCAACAUGAACGAGGUGAGACUGGACGGGAACCCCAUCCAGCUGUCCAUGCACCCUAACAGCUUCAUCUGUCUGGAGACUCUCCCUAUCGGAUGGUACAACUAAAAAAUGCGGAUAGACAGACAGUGAAAAUACCAUUUGCAAAAUGCAGUUCAUAAAUUACAUUUUAUAUACUCAAAUCUACCGUACAGUUCAAGACCUCUUUAACAGAAAUUGUAUAAUUACAGAAGAGCAAGUAGAAGUGAAAGAAGGAGCUGGUGGAGUUUCAUUUAUUAUCAAGUGCUAUUGCUGCGUUCCAUUUACCUCGGAAGUCGGAAGUCAGAGCUCGGAAUGACGUCACGCUUGAGUUGGUUGCGUUCCAGUAGCUACAACAAGUCGGGAGACCAAGAUGUUGUUAGCUUAGCGAUACUACUUCAAGCCAGGUUUGACAUUGUUAGCAAUACCAGUUGAUGACAAUUUAUGCACUUUACACUGUAGUAACAUGUCCACGGAUACAAGUUGGACAGGACUGUAUGUCGUCUGUUUUAAUGAGUCACAAUAAAACAGAAGGGUUAAUUAACUUUAUAUUACUACAACUUUUACUACUGUUGAUGCACGGAGAAGCCAUAUUGGAUUUUAAGAUGAAGGUUGGUGAGUUGCUCUGACUUUUCGAGUAGGAAAUCCGACUUUAAGGGGAGUUCCAGUUGAAGUUGCCUAACUAGGAACUCAGAAAUUCCGACUUUCCAGUGCAAAUGGAAUGCAUCGUAUCUGCCAGUAUUAAAAACAUUUAUGUAAGAUAAAUAUAAAGACUAUUCCUGUAUUUUUUUCUUUUGUUACACUUUGGUUGAGACGGUUUUGUCUUGGCAGGUGCUCUGAAAUGUUUUUAUUGUAACACAUCAACAUUAACUUGUUGUCAAAUCAAUAUAAGGCCAUUGUUGAGAUUACAUCGUUACAUUUGAUCUCACACCAGUGGUUUUAUUACUGCUACUGUUUUCUAACCUUGAGAUCAUAUUAACAAUAAAACUUGCAUGUUUUUCCAUCA